UAAUGUUUUUUUUGUGUGCGCCCUCUAUUGGCGGAUAAACAUUGGCUAUAGGCUCUGCUGAUGCCAACCGUCCGCCUCCACCUCUCACAACCAAUUUACUGGUGGACCCUAAAUGCACCUCCAGUUGUUUAGCGCGAGCCAGAAGACACCGGAGACAUACGGAGUGAGUAAAUGUCGAAUAUAUCAAUAUUAUAUAUAGCAUUAUCCAACUUAUAAACUAACUUCACCGCGGUCUUUCAACGCACGGAUAUACCCUUAAGCUUAUGCGUAAAUACCCUUACGUUUAUGCGUAAUAACAACGCCAUCAAAUCAGUCGCCUCUACGCCUCUUGAGACAUUUCAGCGCGGAUCUGUAGCUGUUCAUGUACGUUUAUUUAAAAAUCAGCCGACCAGGAAGUGUGGGUGGAACAAUACAUCAGUGAUCAACAGUGGAAGGCAGCAGAAUAGUGUUUUGUGAUCCAGGAAGUCUUCUCAGCACCGACCUCUAACAUGAUUAAGCUGACCUUCUUUCUGCUGCUGUUUGCUGCUGGACUCACUCAGUGCUUUCCAGUUACAACUAGUCCAGGUGGAAAGAGCUAUAGGAAUCUGUUUUACUGCAAGAAUCCAGGCUGUGCUGCUAAUGUGACUAGAGUCUUUUGCAACGACCUUCCCGUCCCGACUCACACUCACAUCACAAAUUGUGCUGGCCCCCCACCACUCUACACUGUCUGCCAGCAUGAUCGUCGGGCAUACGUUUCCAUCGAUACAGAUGCUGCCUGUGAAUUUGAAGGGAAAGGCAGUUAUAUUACGACCGAAAAAUGUACAGACCACAGCAUCAUUUGUGCUUUUAUCGAUGCUACCACUCCACCAAAAGUCACCACAGAGGGAACGCGUGAGGUCCAUGCAAAACGUCCAUAUAUUGUCGGUGAGGUUUGUGGUUCAUUUCUAGUAUUACUAAUAGUGAUAGUAAUAAUAGUAGUUGCAUGUUUCUGUAAAAAGAGAUCAACAGCCAACAACCAACAGACAGCAAGUGACUCUGGUGUGACUGUACCCCUAAGAGAGAUGCAAAGCCGUGGAGAAACCAGUGACAGUGAUACUCGCAAUGGUGGUCCUGGUUCGGAUGGUGGCAGCUCUCCCUCUCAACAUGACCGUGGAGCUUAAAAACUCCUGCAGCCUCAUCUCUCUUCUUUUGUCCUUCUUAUGUUUUUGCUUUGAUUGAUCUAAACUUUUAUUAUACCACCACGACAACGUAGUCUGGGGGUAUAUAGCGCUUCGCGUGUCCUUCCGUCCUUUUGCGUCUCACACUUUUGUUUCAGGAGCAGAACCUGAAAACUAUUUAACUUAGGAACUUCAAAUUUGGUAUGAUGGUUGACAGUGUGGUGUAGUUGUGCCUUUUGGGGUGUUAGAAGUC